AUGAAUACACCAAAUGAUUAUCUUUGUCCAAUAACACAUGAACUUAUGGAGUUACCUGUUAUAUUAAUUGAAGAUGGUCGUAGUUAUGAAAAACGUGAAUUAGAAAUUUGGCUACGUAAUCAUAAUACAUCACCAAUAACAAAUAAAGUUUUAAAAAGUAAACAUUUUAUUGUAAAUAUUAAUUUAAAAAAUGCUAUAGACGAAUUUCGUGAAAAACAGAUAAAAGCACAAUACUGUGAAAAAUUAUCAAAUACGUUAGUAAUCAAAACUGGAGCAUUACCACAAGAGUUUCAAAAUCAAAAAUAUCCUAACUUACGUAUUAAAAUAUGUGUAUUUGGUGAUGAACGUGUUGGCAAAACAACAAUUGUUAAACAUUUACGAUUUCAAGAUCGUAUAUCAAAAACGGACUAUGUUCGUACAGUUGGACCUGAUAGUAUAAAAUUACAUUUAGAUCGUUUAUUUGAAGAUCGUUAUGCUGUUUCAAUAAGUGUAUUCGAUUUACCAGGUGAACUUAAACAUAAGGAUGUAUGGAGAAAUCACUAUCAAUGUCAUGGUGCUAUACUUAUGUUUGACGUAACUAGACCUGAUACAUUAAAAGAAAUUGAAAAUGCAUGGUAUCCGGCAUUAAAAAAACACGGUUUCGAUGUAUUCGAAUGUGUAUUAUUGUGCAAUAAAAUCGAUUUGGCUAACAACUCAGAAAGUCAAAUAUUUAAAGAUGCAGAACGAUUUUCAACCAAUAAUGAUUUGUCCUUAUAUUAUACAUCGGCAAUUACAGGAAAAAAUGUACAGGCAAUGUUUAAUCAAUUGGUACUUUGUAUAUUGAAUAAUCGUUUCUUAUUGAAUCAAUUAAAACAGAAUACUGGUGAAACAAGAAAUACUAACAACAGCCAGACAAGAAACAAUAAUCCAUCCAUUAUAUUAGAAGCAGAAAAUAUAGUACUAAAAGAGAAAAAUAGUUCAUGUUGUAUAUCUGGUUCAACGACGAAUAAAGAUCAUGAAAAUUGA